AUGUUUUACAGCGCAGAUAUUCUCGGAGGCCCCAGACGCGGCCUGGGACUCGUAUGGCUCGCGGCAACGCUCGGCGCCAAAAAUGCGAUUCGCAAACUCAACAAGCGCGACAUCGCGACGUGCGAUAUAGGAAAGACUUGCGAAGCCGUCAUGAAUCCCAAAGAGCCAAUGGCGUUGCGACUGUCUUCACAGCUCUUGUACGGGGUCGUGCGCAUAUACGUUCAGCAGUCCGAAACAUGGAUGGCGGAGGUUCAGUUUACGCACGCUUCGCUGCGCAAAGCGUUCACAAUCUUUGCACCAGCUUCGGCACCGGGAGCGCCGCCUGGCGUUCGCGGGGCAAUCGACAUGCCUUUGGGUCGUCGCAAUCAACAAGCUGGCAAAACGGCGCCAGGUGCAGCGGACGGCAUCACUCUACCUUCCAACGACGCAUUCUUUGCCGGAGAUUUCGAAUUCGAUUGGUUUUGGGACGAAGACGGUGCUGGAUUUGGAGACACUUCUACAGGUGUUGGAUCCGCUUUCGUGCCUAGCGCAUCUUUCGACACGCCCUCGCCAAAGCGCAAGAGGUACACGGCGGAUGCGGAGGCCAUCACGUUGCGCAGCGCCCUUUUGAGCCAGCGAAACGCAUCUGCCGAAGGUCAUGCCGGCUCGGAAUUGGGAAGAGAUGGCGGAAUGAUACACGACGCUCCAGUAUUUCGGGACGAUGGAGAUGAUGAACCGGCACACCUUGAUCUUGGACUCGAGUUGAUGGACUACAACCUUCCUGCUCCUCCGUCCGAAGGCGACGCUGCUCAACACCGCGCCAUGCGCAGCAGCAGCGUUCUUGGCGGGCCUGAAGCCGACUUUGGAGCGUUCGAUGACCUUGGCGAUAUGGGCGCGCCUGGCGAUUUUGACGUCGAGUACUUGAACAACCUGCCUGGAAUGCAGUAUACAGAGGCUUCUCGUCAGCUAAGCCCCUCGGCUUCUCUGCGCUCAGCUCUCAAGCGCAGCGCUACGCCUUCUCUCAUCGAUUCCGAAGAGGCUCGCGCGCUGGGUCUGCCCAUCCCACCGAGUCCCAAGAAGAAGCGCGUCACCUUCAAGGAGGACCGUCGACUCGAGCUUUCGGACGAUGAGAUGCGUCGCAACAGAUCUGACUAUCUCUUGAACAUGGAGAAAGCGCGAGCUGAAGCUGAAGCGAAGAGGAACAAGAAAGAUGCGGAGUUGCAAGCGGAGCGUCUUGUCUUUGGACCCAGCAAGGAUCUGGCGCACGGCUAUACCCUCUCGACCUUUUGGCGCAUGACUGUUGAUGAGCGCUUCGCUGAGCUCGCGACGAUGCGUCGGGCAUUCCAGACGCCAAAGGCACCAACGCUACCAAAUGUUUUCCGCGGACCGUUACCCUUUGGUCAGGAGAAUGGGCAGUAUGAUGAGGGAGUGGAUAUGUUCAACGAUGAUGCCGGCAUGCCAUCUGACGAUGAUGGCGGUGGCUGGGACGAUCUGCCGGGUGGACCACCAUCAUCAAGCGAGAUAGGACGUGCAGGGAGCGAAACGGCAAUCGCCAACCUGCCUUGGAACAUGGCAGCAGACAAUCUCCGAGCGGCAGCAGAGCAGUCCACCGUCCUUUCUGGAACUCGAAGUGUCGGAGACGGCACCUUGCGCUCAUUUGCGGAAGGAGAUAUCAGCGCUAUUCGUGGAAGUCGCCGUGAUAGCUCUGUGAUCCCAACCAGUCCGCGACUCAUCAGAGAGGACAGCCGAUUUUUGGAAACUGGACCACGCGCAGCUCAAGAGAGCCAGAGCCAGAUGGAGAGCCAAUUGGCCAUCGAUACGUUCAAGAGCGAGUCGAACAACUUUUUGGUCUUUGCACACAAUACUGCUGCUGGACUAGGCGAUCAGCCCUUGUUCUUCUCUGAUCUUGCACCGGUCGCAGACACGACUCCUGGAGUGGCCGCCCAAGCCUUUUACCACCUGCUUGCCCUAGCUACCAAUGACAAGAUCUCGAUCAAGCAAAACGAGGCAUACGGCGAGGUCCACAUUCGCCUAGGAGAAGUCUCGGGCAUCCCGCCCUUUGCCCCUAAUCUCUCUCGUUCUCAAAGUCUCAGCUCAUCCCGCUCUGCCUCACUCAGGCCAUGAGCUUGGCUGGAAGAGUCUCAUUGUGUGCCAAGCUAUCCUCGGUCAGCAACGCUUCUGCUCGAUUCGCAUGAGAUGGCAGCGCGUGUACGAAAGUGGACCGCCCUGUAGACCCUAGUAUCGAACGCGAUGUACACCACACCAAAUCAAUAGUUCAUGAGCGUCUGUAUCAAAUCUAGACGUCGUCGGCGCUCGGAGAGAGCCGAAAGCGCGAAUCGC